AUGAGCUUCCACAUAUCCUGGGCAGUUGUGCCCAUAGUUCUCAAUGCUUUGCUGUCUUCUGGAGUGCAGACAAAGGGAAAUCAUUCUACAACCCUGGAGCUUUCUAACUAUCUAAUGGCCAACUACUCCAAGGCAGUCCGUCCAGUGCGGGACUGGAGGAGAACAACAACAGUGGCCAUCGACUUGAUGGUGUACGCCAUCCUAAACGUGGAUGAGAAAAAUCAAGUUCUAACCACAUAUAUCUGGUACCGACAGUUUUGGACAGACGAGUUCUUGCAGUGGGAUCCACAGGAUUUUGACAACAUCCUUCAGUUAUCAAUUCCCACGGAAAAUAUUUGGGUGCCGGACAUUUUAAUAAAUGAAUUUGUCGAUGUAGGUAAAUCUCCGGAUAUUCCGUACGUUUACGUCAACUACGAGGGUCAAGUGAAGAAUUACAAACCUAUCCAGGUGGUCACUGCCUGCAGCCUGGAGAUCUACAGCUUUCCAUUCGAUGUCCAGAACUGUACCUUCACCUUUACUAGCUGGCUACACAACAUUCGGGAUAUCAACAUCUCUCUGCUGCGAUCACCCGAGGCUGUGAAAUAUGAUCGGAGCAUCUUCAUGAACAAAGGGGAAUGGGAACUUCUCUACAUCAACACACAAUUCAAUGAAUUCAACCUGGAGCGGGAAGUGACCAAUGAUGGCUACGCAGAAAUGCGUUUCUAUCUGGUCAUCAGAAGACGACCCUUGUUUUAUGCCGUCAACCUGCUGUUACCCAGCAUCUUGUUGAUGCUCAUGGACAUCAUUGGCUUUAAUUUGCCUCCAGAUUGUGCCGAGCGAGUCUCCUUCAAAAUCACCCUUCUCUUGGGCUAUUCCGUCUUCCUCAUCAUCGUCUCCGAUACCCUUCCAGCCACGGCCAUUGGCACGCCGCUGAUAGGUGUGUACUUUGUGGUGUGCAUGGCCUUGCUGGUGAUCAGCCUGACAGAGACUAUUUUCAUCGUGCGAUUGAUCCACAAGCAGGAUCUCCAGCCACAGGUUCCUGAAUGGCUCAAGCACUUGGUUCUGGAAAAGGUCACCGUCUGGUUCUGUAUCCCCAACAAAAAGCCGCUCAGCCCUGCACUGCCGUACGACAGGAAACACAACCCUGCAGUGGAGCAGAUUGGCUGCAGGAAUGAAGCACCAUGCAACAUGUCCGAUGAGCCAGGACCGCCCGUGUCAGACUCGCUGCAGGGAGUGGACUGUAUCCUGCACGAGGUGUCAGCCAUCCGCCACUUCCUGGAGAAGCGGGAACGGUUCAGGGACAUCGCCAAGGAGUGGCUGGAGGUGGGAUACGUGUUGGAUGUUCUCCUCUAUCGUGUGUACCUGCUGGUGGUCGCGGUCUACGUCAUCAUCCUCAGCAUCCUGUGGUCUGUCUGGCAACACUCCUGAAUCAAAGGAUCGCAACCCACCUAUUACUGUCCAACCAGCAAGGUACACACUUGAGGGUUUGCGUUCUACCUUGUCUUGCAUCGUUAGAUCAUUGACAGUUUGGGAACAGGCCCGUUGGCCUUUCACUCCCACGUCGAGUGAUGGUCUGCACCCCUACUUUCCUCAAACCCCUUCCGCACAAGAUCCUUCCCUUUCUCCACACAUGUUAAUCCAACACAUAUAUCAAUGGCUUUAAUUGUUAAUGUAUUUUCAACAACCAUAGCUAAGAAUAUCUUUCUCCUAUGUCACUCGCACUAAAGAUGCAAUAUAUUAGCAGCUGUCCAAUGUCAUCAGAUUCCAAAAUUCUUGCAUUAAUUGGAAUGGAAUUUUGAUGAUGGCUCUCACAACCACCACUCCAUCGUGCGUUUAGUCUUUGGUGAUGCUGGACCUCCUCAUGGAGAAACCAAAUUAAAUUAAGGCCCAUCUGAUGAGGCACCCAGAGGUAACUGAACAUGUGGAGCCAAUUUCUCACCCAAUGAGAUGGGUUGAAUGAUUCCCCACUGAUUUAUGGAGGGCUCCAGGAUAAAGCUGAAAUAGUUCUCGUGCUCACGGGCAAAGAACGUUACUGAUCAUUGUCAUUGUAUCAGCCCCUUUGGGACAUUGAUGGUACUAGAAGCAACAGUGGAUUAAAUCCUGCCUGGUUUUACUUCCUUCUUAAGCAUCCCAGAAGUGUAAUAUUAAAUAAAAGUGCCAUGUCUAAACCUCACAAUGAUUGGAUGAAGACAGGAUCACUCAGAUGUGGGUUGCACUGUAAACACAAUCUGCUCUGAUUGGACCUUGUGAAACAUAUCACAUCAUUACCGACCAUUGUUCGUUUGUCUUUUCCUGGUUCCCACUCGAUAACUCAGCACCUUGUCCUGUAUGAUAUUCUCUUCUCGCUCGCUGUUGAAAGUAAAAAGCAAAGCUGAAUCUGAAACUCAUUGGAACAAAAGGCCGCCAGAGGCUGUUCAACAUAUUUGUGUGUCCCUAGUGUUGUGAAUCCACAGAGAUCUUAAUAAACAAAGCUGGUCCUACUGCCUUAAGCUGUUGAAUUAUUCUCCCAUUUUCCUGAUGCUUUCCCUUUUGAAACACAAGAUUCUCCACUAAAAGUGAAGAACUAUUGCAAAUAGCAAUGUUAUGGCCAGUUUAUGGCUAUUUUCCCCAGGAGACCACGUCAUGGUUCCAUUAGGUGUAUUUACAUUGAAGAUUCACAGAUACACAGACUAGAGAUGAAGAACACAGGCAGACCAAUCCUUCAUCCAACAUUCUGAAAGAAGAAUAUUUAAUCAUUAUCUCACGGAUCCCAUCACACCCUUUGCUUCUUUGAGCACGAUAUAUCAUUGUGGUGUAAAAUGUCCACAGUAGAGGGCAGUCACUGCUCAUGCUCAAGAGAAUAUUCUCAUUUUCUUCUAUCAUUGCUUUAACACAACAACUGUUAGUACUUGGCAUAUUCUCAGUGAGCAGGCACCAAGACUGGAGCGUCACCUCCAGCAGAUCACAGGCUCGGCUAUCAUGGGUCUCCAAACUCUGACCCCGGUCAAUAAUCAGGUACUUCAUGAACCUCUUCCCACAACAUCAGGUCAUCCAACCCCAUCAAGUACCAUCCUUUCUUCUCUCCCACAUAUGACUAGUCGUUUCCCCACAAAUACCUUGGUCACUCUAGGAGAAAAAGAUAAAUCCUCACCUGGACCUGACAAAAAGCGUACAAGUUGUUACCUUGAGGCAAGAGCUGUUAGUUGCGUUAACCCGGCAGUAAUCAUGGCAUAUGGGUUUUCUCCAACGCGAUGUCUGUAAGAUAUUUUACUCUGAUGAAGAUUAUACAUGUCCCAUGUAUUCAACCAAGAACUGCUGAGUGUUUUGAUUGUCAUU